AUGGUUGUUACGGCUGGCUGUCGUUGCAUUGCAGGAAAAUGCACCGCGGACGAUUUUAGCAAGGGUUUUAUCCCAGCUGAAGGGCUAAGCUUUCUUCAAGAUGGAGAAUCUUCCAUGGCGAGCGACGAUUGCAUGCAGAUGGCUGCUGAACAAAACGGCAUUUUCUCGUCUGCUAUUGAUGCCGCUGAGACGCGCGGUGAAGAGGAUGACAUUGGUAUUACUGAUACCUCUACGGGGGAGGAAGUUGUCGCCCGAGCAGUUAGUCUCUUGAAAAAAGAUUCGCCAGCUGGCUCUACACACUGCUUGGGGGUUCAGAGAAGGAUCCGGGAUCAGUUGGCUAGAGCAGCGCAGAGCUCCACAAUCUUUGUAUUGGGUUUAGGACCUGAGCUUUACGCGCUAUCACAGUUGGCAACAAACGUCAUUGCAGUGGAAACUGAUCAUUCAAUCUGCAAGGAAUUUCUUAACUCCAACAUGUCGGCCUGCGCAAUGCAGACAAAUGUGCAUAUUUAUUGCAGUCAGCCUAACUCUAGCCCGGACAAUGAUGCUCAGUUGAUUGGAGGAGGUCAGAGUAGUUUUGAAGCGACAAAGGCGCUCGUUGACGAUAUCGCAUCUAUUUUGCUAAUGCAAAAAAUGUUUAGCCCUCCGAUUAAUGAAGAACUUUGGAUGAAUUAUGUGACCCCUGAGUGGGAACUAGAGGAUAACAAGGCACCGCUUCAGCUCGUCGCAACCGCCCACCAGGCAGUGGAAUCGCUCACCUCCGAGGAAAGUUUGGACCCCUGGAAACGUAGGGCAUUAUCUACCUACUUGAACGUCCAUGCACAAGCGGCGAGAAGGGCCUCUGAUGAAGAUUGGCCAAGAGUCAAAACAGCCAUUGACUCUGUUCUGGAUAGCGCUGGUCGGGGAAAAAAGAUUGAUGAUGUGCUUGCAGUAGCAAGAGGAUUUGCUACCCAGGUAGCCCAGGCGGCUGCGAUCAGCUCAGGGCUGCAAGCUUACUUGCAACUUCUUCUUGCAACCCUUGCUAAACAAGGUCUGGACUCCGAUUCCUUUGUCCACUCAGUCAUUUGCGAGCUUAUCCUCGAGGCGGAAAGCCUUAUUUCAUCGACUAACAUUCUGGAUAUGACAAAGGAUGCGAUUGAAGAGGCCUGCGAAACGGCUGAGAAAAACAAGCAGUUGUUUUUGCCAGGACUUCGCUUAAUCCAAGAAGGGCUUUCGAGUGAGAGCUCCAUGGGUCAGAUACUCCAGCUCCUCCUGAAGCUUAGAGAUUUAGGGCCGGAAGUUGAUGUAUCCGCGCUGAUUGAGAUGUCCAAGGCCUAA